AGACACUUCACUAUAUAACUUCACUUCCACAUCGGGUAAAUAUCAUAACUUCGUUGGGUGUUCGGUAGAACAUAGGAAAAUCUUUAUGGCUCUCCAGGCUGCUGCUUCCCUGGUUCCCGCUUCUUUCUCCAUUCCUAAAGAGGGAAAAUCUGGUGUUUCCCUCAAGGACUCAACCCUAUUUGGGCUUUCAUUAUCAGAUAAUCUCAGUGCUGACUUCAGCUCUUCUGCAUUGAGGUGCAAGCAAAAAGUAGGAGCUGUGAGGGCCCAGACAGUGGGUACUACAACUCCAGCAGUCAACAAGGCUACACCUGAAGGCAAGAAGACGCUGAGGAAGGGAAGUGUUGUGAUAACUGGGGCCUCCUCUGGAUUGGGUCUGGCCACUGCUAAGGCUUUAGCUGAAACAGGAAAAUGGCAUGUGAUCAUGGCCUGCAGGGACUUCCUCAAAGCCGAAAGAGCUGCCAAAUCAGCCGGCAUUUCUAAGGAGAACUAUACCAUUAUGCAUCUAGACCUUGCCUCUCUUGACAGUGUCCGCCAAUUUGUUGAUAACUUCAGGCGAUCGGAGCGGCCGCUGGAUGUUCUGGUUUGCAAUGCUGCAGUUUACUUGCCAACUGCUAAGGAGCCUACAUUUACUGCUGAAGGUUUUGAGCUCAGUGUUGGGACAAACCAUCUGGGGCAUUUUCUCCUUUCACGGUUGCUGCUUGAGGACUUGAACAAAUCUGAUUAUCCUUCAAAGCGCAUGAUCAUUGUGGGGUCAAUCACAGGAAACACAAAUACACUGGCCGGAAACGUGCCUCCCAAGGCAAACCUUGGUGACUUGAGGGGACUUGCAGGUGGAUUGAAUGGACUAAACAGCUCAGCUAUGAUUGAUGGUGGAGACUUUGAUGGCGCCAAGGCAUACAAGGACAGCAAAGUUUGCAAUAUGCUCACCAUGCAAGAGUUCCACCGAAGAUUCCAUGAGGAAACUGGGAUCACAUUUGCUUCCCUUUACCCGGGUUGCAUUGCCACAACUGGCUUGUUCAGAGAGCACAUUCCAUUGUUCAGACUUUUGUUCCCGCCAUUCCAAAGGUACAUAACCAAGGGCUUUGUUUCAGAAGAAGAAGCAGGAAAGAGACUUGCUCAGGUUGUGAGUGAUCCUAGCCUGACAAAAUCCGGUGUCUACUGGAGCUGGAACAAGGCCUCUGCUUCAUUUGAAAACCAGUUGUCACAAGAGGCUAGUGACCCGGAGAAGGCUCGCAGGGUGUGGGAGAUUAGUGAGAAACUUGUUGGUUUGGCUUAAGUGGGAGCCUCCAAUGUCCAUUUUGUUUAAAAACCUUGCAAAGGAGGAAAAAUCAAGUCCCAUAAGAGUGAAGAAUUGCGGUAGAAUCACUUGUGACAGCCCAGAACUCUUUGCCCUGUUGUAGAAGACUAGAGGCCUAUGACUUUUGUGAAUUGAAAAUGCUAAUAAAACGUUCGAUUGUUUGGUUAAA